AUGCCAGGUAUGAUUCAUUUAGUCCGCCACGCUGAAGGCCUUCAUAAUCUGCGCAACAACCCUGAUAUUCGGGACGCAUCUUUGAGUCAAAGAGGUUUCGAUUUUGCGGAAGAUCUAGGACUUCGCUUCAUCCAAGCCCACUCCAACAGCGUCGGUGCCGUGGUGUCUAGUCCACUCCGCAGAACUAUUCAGACAUCACUUACAGCCUUCCCGCGGAUUUUGAGUUCCGCUCAGUAUCCCGAAAAUUCCGGGAGAGGCGUACGAGACGGCGUGAUGUUAGCCUUGGAUGCGGAUUUGCAGGAGAUUACCGACCUGCCUUGCAAUACCGGCUCUUCUUUGACCGAUCUAGUAAAUGAAUUUCCCGAGCUAGGGCCGAAUAUCCAGGCUCUGGAUCAGAACUGGUAUAUCAAGACGGGACCAGAUUCACCAUUACCUCAAUCUGAUUCUGAUAGGAGGAUUCAAAUAUUAGAACGACUUCAGCAGAUUUUGGCAGCAUUGCAAAAUAGCCAAAAGGACAAGGAUAUUCUCGUUGUGACGCAUCAGGGUGUCAUUUCUGUUCUCGCACCUGGUGCGAACAUCCCUCUAGCGCAAUGGCGGAGUUUCAACCUGUUUAGAAACGCCGCUGGACAGCUCUCGUUGCAAUAA